UAGGAAACACCAAGGGUGCACUCUCUUCAUGUGGCGGGAAAGGCCGUCAACCCGGUUGCUCUCUGUGUACUAAGCUGUGUAGUACUAAAUGUAAUGUUUGUCUGUUUCAGAUCAAUAAGCAUCGCUACAUGGCUUGAUUGGAUGUGCUGAAAUCAAGCUAAUGAUUUCGUUAACGUCAGACUGAGUGCAGCAUUUGUGAUUCCUGUUGCGCUUCAGAGUGGCAUUCUCAAGGGAACAAAGGGAGCUAGAUAGCUAGCUAACGUUCUUUAACCGGCUUGUUAGCGACUGCCGGCUAGUUUAUUCAGCUGCACAAGAAUGAGUCUAUUUAACUUGGACAGGUUCCGUUUCCAACGGGAUGAAGGGACCAUAUCUUUCCCAAAGUCAAAGAAAUCCACACAAGAGGACGUAUCCAGUGACUCAGCGAGCCCCACUUCAGAUAAAGAGAACAAACCAGAGUCAACCAAACAAGACCACAAACUUGCCUUCAAAAGACCAUUCAAGAAGAAAGUCGGAGGUGAUGAUUCUGACGAUGACACUCCUCAGAAUGGAAAAUUGUCCCAGGGAAAAACAAAGCCUUACAAGAAAGAAAACGAUGAACAUUCAGAUGAAGAAGGUGAAGAAAACCAGAAACUUGAGACAAUGCAGGAGAUGUUUCCUCAGAGAGACCGCAACCAGCUGCUAGAGUUAAUCAGAUGCACAGGCACUUUAGACGGAGCUGUAGCACUUUGUCUGAUGCAAUAUGGAGACAAAGGUACGCCCAGGCAAAGAAAGAGGGAUGUCCUCAGUGAGGAUGAUGAAGAGGAUGACGGAGAUUUGUCUCACCCGACAAAGAAGAGACGGGCUGAUUUGUCUGAGGAUUCCCAGGAAUCUGACGAUUCCCAGGAAGCUGAGUCCGAAUCAGAUGAUACGGUUGAUUCGGAAGAUGAGUCAUUUGAGCCAAACCGGGAGAAACAGGAGCAUCUGGUGCAGAGGCUGAAGAAGAAGCUCCCAGACCUGGACAAGGAGGUGCUAAGGGAUGUUUUGCAGGAACAUGAAUGGCACUAUGAGGAUGCUCUGGGAGCACUGCGUAUGUUCGCUGAUUCAGAAGUUCCUAGCUCCUCAAAAAAGAAGUCAAGCCAACCAAAGGACUCCAUCUUUUCAAAGGCAAAGAAAGGCAGCAGUGAACCGAACAAAUCUAAUCCCAAGAACAGCAGCAGCAAGCAGGCCGGCACAUCCCCCCUCUCCCAGUGGCUGUGGAAGGUCCCCGGGCCCUCUGGGGCCCAGAAGGUCAAGGCCAAGCAGGGCGAGAGCAGCAAAGCCAAAGACAGGAAGCCAGCUGAGAAGAGGCCGGCCAAGCCCACCCCAGCAAGGAAGGCUGAAGUGGAGUCUGAGGAUGAGGAGGAGGAGGAGCAGGCGCUCAGCAGCCAGGGGGAAGAGGAGCUCACGGACGGGUACAACUCGGACGAGGACGAGCCCAUCAGCUCUGAGCAGCAGCGGGAGAUCCUGAAGUUCUUCCAGGAGGCCGCUGUGCACGAGCUGACACUCAUCUCUGGCUGCUCGGUCAAGAGGGCCGAUAAGAUUGUCUCGCUCAGGCCCUUCAAAGCCUGGAAAGACCUGGAUGCCCUGUCUGACCGGGACAAUGGGCUGCCCCCGGGGCUGCUGGAGGGCUGCCGCGUGGUGCUGAAGGAGAGACAGGUGGUGCAGCAGCUCAUGGGCAAGUGCGAGGGCAUCUCCCGCAAGAUGCUGAAGGACGCCACAGUCCUCAUCGAGCGGGGCACCGGCUCCACCAAGCAGCCCGCCAUUCUGAACAGAAGCAUGAAGUUACAGUCCUAUCAGCUCAUCGGGCUGAAGUGGCUCACUCUGCUGCACCAACACAAGCUGAGUGGCAUCCUCGCUGAUGAGAUGGGCCUGGGGAAGACUGUCCAGGCUAUUGCGUUUCUGGCCCACCUCCUUGAGAAGGGCAUAACAGGCCCUCAUCUCAUCACUGUGCCCUCCUCCACACUGGAUAACUGGGUCCGCGAGCUGCGGGUGUGGUGCCCUACUCUGAAAGUACUGGUCUAUUAUGGCUCUAUAGAGGACCGCAAAUACCUGCGCCGUGACAUUCUCGACAAGCAGGUGGACUUCAAUGUCAUUGUGUGCACGUAUAACUCAACGCUGGGGACCGAGUUUGACCGCAGCCUGUUCCGUAAGCUGCGGCUGAAGUAUGCCAUAUUUGACGAGGGUCACAUGCUGAAGAACAUGAACUCCCAACGCUACCGCUACCUCAUGGCCGUCAACGCCCAGCACAGACUGCUGCUGACGGGCACCCCGCUACAGAACAACCUGCUGGAGCUCAUGUCUCUGCUCAACUUCAUCAUGCCCUCCAUGUUCUCCAGCAGCACCGCCCAGAUCGCCAGAAUCUUCUCCUCUAAAGGAGACAAGGAGAGCAGCUACAAUAUGGACAGGAUCGAUCAGGCCAAACGCAUAAUGAAGCCUUUCAUCCUGAGGAGGGUCAAAAGCGAGGUACUCAAAGAGCUACCUCCUAAGGAAGAGAAGGUGGAGAGGUGUAGCAUGACUGCUAAGCAGAAGGAGCUCUACACCUCGCUGUUCAACAAGUUCAAACGUACCAUCCCUGGAGAAAAGAAAGAGUUGAAUAAUGUGAUGAUGCAGCUGCGGAAGAUGGCCAACCACCCUAUGCUGCACCGGCAGUACUACACCACCGAGAAACUGGCAGCCAUGAGCCAAGCUAUGCUGAAGGAGCCGACACACUUUGAUGCAGACGCUGCUCUGAUCCAGGAGGACAUGGCGGUGAUGUCUGAUUUUGAGCUGCACAACCUGUGUCUGCGGUACCCAUCCGUGCACAGCCAUAAGCUCCAGACCGAGGUGCUGCUCGACUCUGGCAAAUUUGAUCUGCUCACACGACUACUGGCCUCCCUCAAAAAAAAGGGAGACCGAGUGGUGCUCUUCAGCCAGUUUACCAUGGUGUUGGACAUCGUGGAGCUUCUGAUGAAACACCUUGACCACCGCUACAUCCGGCUGGAUGGGUCCACGCCCAUUGCAGAGAGGAUUGGCCUCAUCGAUAACUUCAACAACGACCCCGAGAUCUUUGUGUUCCUGCUGUCCACUCGUGCCGGGGGACAGGGCAUCAACCUCACGUCCGCCAACGUGGUCAUCCUCCACGACAUCGACUGCAACCCCUAUAACGACAAGCAGGCGGAGGACCGCUGCCAUCGCAUGGGCCAGACCAGGACUGUGAAGGUCAUCAAGCUGGUCAGUAAAGACUCUAUUGAAGACGUCAUGCUGCGAGUGGGCCAGGAAAAACUGAAACUUGAAGAGUGCAUGACAACUUCAGACACUGGGGACAAUAACUCCAUGCCAGAGGAUAUGGCUUUGCUCUUGAGGGUCUCACUAGGCCUUUAAAAACCAAUGAGGGUAUUGUCACAGGACAUCUUUUUUUUCUUUUUUUUUUUACUGUUUUUAAUUGUUGUCCGUGUCUGUGCCUUGUACAUCUCUGUGGAAUUAAAUAUAACUUGAACUCUCUGUGGGAUUUUGUGUUAUUGAGUUGCAUUACUCUUCUACCGGUAUGUGCCACUUUAUUGUCCGGCAUACUACCAUACUACAUGCUAGAUGCAUACGUUUUGUGUAAGGCAUGCGUAUCAAAAUUGAACAAUCA